UGAUAAACGAAGUAGGACAGUGACAUCAGAAAGAGAAAUUUAUAUCACAAUGAUUUAUUAUGUGUACAAUUUUAUAUAAGGUGCAGGCAUCGCUUCAAAAUACAACAGAAAAGGUACCUGCCACGGUGAUAGUAAUUACCUGGUUAAGGAUUAGGCGCUGAAGAAAAAGUCUAUUAUGCGCAAGAGAAACAAAAGAUUGUGUUAUGGCUUUGGAGCCAAGACCAAUUUCUCAACAAAAACAAUAUGAUUACUUGUUAAAAUUUUUGUUAGUUGGUGACAGUGAUGUAGGGAAGCAAGAAAUCUUAAGUGGUCUUGAAGAUGGGUCAGCAGAAUCGCCUUUUUGCAGUGGAGGUGCAUACAAAACUACAACAAUACUGUUAGAUGGAAAGCGUGUAAAACUGCAGUUGUGGGAUACUUCUGGACAAGGACGUUUUUGUACCAUCAUUCGAUCAUACUCUCGUGGAGCACAGGGUAUUCUGUUAGUAUAUGACAUCACAAAUAAAUGGUCAUUUGAUGGUAUUGACCGCUGGCUGAAAGAAGUAGAAGAGCAUGCACCUGGUGUUCCAAAAGUACUAGUCGGAAAUCGUCUUCACCUAGCUUUCAAGCGUCAGGUUCGGGCACAAGAAGCAGAAAUUUAUGCCGCAAAAAAUCGCAUGGCAUUCUUUGAAGUGAGUCCGUUGUGUAACUUCAAUAUCCGUGAGAGUUUCAGUGAGCUCUCUCGCAUGGCAUUACAUCGCAAUGGCAUGGAAAGACUGUGGAGAUCAAACAAAGUUCUGAGCUUGCAGGAAUUAUGCUGCCGCGCAAUUGUUGCCAGAACAACUGUUUAUGGCAUUGACCAACUUCCGCUUCCAACUGCAAUAAAGUCUCAUCUGAAGUCGUAUGCUAUGACAAGCUACACCACAUCAGUGCAGCACCGUUAUGUUUUAAAUCAUAAUCGAAGUUCAGGUGGUAAUAAGACUGGACUAUCAGCACACCACAAAAAGUUAAAAUUUGUGGGAGGUAUUCCAACUGGAGCAACAUCUCCGUCUUCAUCGGGUUCUCCUCCGGGAAUGGACUCGUCAAGAACAAGUUGCACAGGACGUAACUCAUGCACUGUUUCGUGAGGAGUGCAGAUUUAAAGUUAUUUAUUUCAUACGAGGAGAACAGACUGGGGUAUCGUGAUGUUUUCUGGGGGAAAUAAUUAAUUUAUUGCUCAAGAUUUGCUUGGGAUGUUGUGAUGAGUGGAAUGGUUGACGGUUUCAUGAGGGAUGUCGUAAGAAGUAAAUCAAGGCUCUGCAUUGCACGUCGGCCCGACGAUUUCUUCUUUUGGUAUGAUUGUACAGGUUAUGAAUAUAAAAUUCAUGCUGUACUCUGGUCAUGUAAACUACAUUGUUAUAGUGAUGUUUGAAUGUAUUGAGCAGUAGCAGGUAUGGAUACAGUUAGUUUGCGUCAUAUUUUGUUACCUUCCUUUAACAUUGUAAUUCAUUCUCUGAACAUGAAUGUUGUUGUGAACCUUGUGAUUAUUGUGUGUUUUUUUUAUUUUGUUUGUUGUCUUGUCUUCUGUACGAGCCGAUGUUCUUUCUAAGGAUUGGCUGAUGUGAAGACUUUUCAUGCCUUUAUUAACACCUUUCUAUAAAAGGGAGAAAAUAUAUUUGUUAAGAGUUUGCAAGAGACCAAAGUUCAUAGGUUGUUAAUAAGUUAUGAAGAAAAUGGUAGCAGUACAGGUACGUGGAUGUUUUGCAUAAGUAGAUGGUAUUAUAUCAAUAAUACAAGUAAGAAGGUUGUAUGGAAGACACAGGAAACUGUGGGAAUAUAUGCUUACAUAUUUUACGUGGUAUUUUGAUUGAUCCUGAGGAUAGAUUAGGUUUGGACCAAAUUCGACUUUUAUAGUCAUUAUUUGGUUGUUUCAAAUAUAACCAGAAUAUGAAAUCCUAUUGUCAUUUGUACCACACUCAUGCACUUUGUUUUACUGUUGUAAUGUUAUGGUUGAAAUCGACUUUCCAAAUUGACAUUCAAAUCAUUUAGAUUCUUGGUAAAAUUCUAGUGUGUGGAGGUAUGCAGCAAAAGAAGUUGGCAGUGCUGAAAACCUGCCAGUGGCUGCAAAUGAAACAG